AUGCAGCUGACUCAGUCCCCCAGCCAAGAGCCCAUCGAAUACUCUGGACGACAGCAUGAUGAAAGACAAGCUCAGCAGCAGCAACCCUCUACCGACCAUGCUCAGCAUGUCUCUCCCGCUUCUGUUUUCCUCGACCGUCAACACAUGCAGCAGAGACGACAGUCUUAUCCGCUUGAUCCAUCACAAGGCGAGUUUCAUGCUGAGGCAGGGAUACCAGCGCCAGGGUCUGACUUUGGCCUUGGACAUACACGGAUGCACGGGGUCAACGGCAACCACGAAGUGCUUGACCAAUUUGCCCUUCCCACCCGCGCUCCUGAUCCCAGUCUUGCUUCAGAGCGUCCAGACAGGACGUCUGGACCUUUGGAGAGUGUUCCGAGUGGCGCGAGCGGUCCAGGCAACUCCGCGUCGCAAUCUGUGGAUGAUAGAGAACAGAGCGGUUCCUACGGCACACUGAUGCUGAGUAAAGGAGGUCGAUCUAAGUAUCUGGGUCCGACCGCAGGGAGUGAAUGGCUCAAAGAGUCGGAGACACAAGAUGUAGCGGACACCCCAGUGAUCACUCGCGCUCCUUCUCCGGAUAUGCUCCAGUCUUCACAUCCCUAUGUACCUGAUCAGACUUCCAACGCCACUCCCGUCGCCUUUCCUUUCAACGCUUCGCCGGCUCGCAUUAGUACGCGGGAUCUGCUUUCAUGCCUUCCUCCGAGAGACGAGGCGUGGUCACUGGCCGAAUCGUACUAUCGCUAUUGCGCUUGGCACCACGAUGUCGCUCCCAAAAUCCCGUUCAAAACGACGUUUGAUCGUGUCUAUACGCUUGCGGAGGGAGGCUCUUUGUCUCCUCCGGGUCAUCCUCAAGAGAUUGCGCUCGUUUUCGUCAUCUUGGCUCAAGGCACCAUGUUCAACAUUGAGAUGCCCAAUUUCGAUUCAUCUGCCGAAGAUUGGCUACACCUCUCGGAACGUGCUUUGGUCAAGGGGGACUUUCUCUCAAACAACACGAUCGCUGGAGUGCAAACCCUUCAUCUGAUGGCGCAUUUGCACCUGCACUUGGACAAAGGUCGACGCGGUGACAAUGCUUGGCCGCUAUGGGGUCUGGUCAUGCGUUUGGUCCAAGCGAUGGGUAUGCAUCGGGACGGUGGUCGCUGGAAUUUACCGGAGAAUGUUGUCGAGGAAAGGCGCAAGGUGUUCUGGGAGUGUAAUGCUGCCGAUAUCUUCCAGGCACAUUGCUUCUCAAGGCCAUCUUCUAUCAAUCCCGAGCAUUGCGACACCGCCUUCCCCUCUGAGCCACAAAAUCUGAAUGGGGAAAAGAGCUAUUCCAGACUCCGAUUUGAGCUAUCACAACUCUCAGCUGAGAUUCUCCAUAUGGCAUUGAAGGUGCGGAAACCAGCGUAUUCCGACGUGAUCAACUUGGAUCUUAAGCUCUGUGAAUUUGAACGCAAAAUCCCCUUCCCCUUACGUUGCCGAGCCGCGUUCUUGUCAAUGCCCUCUCGGUAUCCUCAAGUUGAAGCGGCGAACGAAGCUUCUCCGGAACCGUCCCGGAGGUCGAUGACCAUUUCCUUUCAACAAACGAAUCUUGCACUCAACAUCUCUGAGACAAUCAUCAACCUUCAUCGACCAUAUUACGCAAAAGCUCUCUACGAUGACAUCGAUCGCGUCAAGUCUGUCUAUGCGCCUUCAUUCUUGACAGUGAUAGAACGUUGCGCAAUUAUUAUUGGCAUUGUGAGAGACAUUCACACACGUUUUCCCGCUGUAAGCACCAGGCAGUGGAACUUUUGGUAUCACGUAUUCGGUUCGGCUCUAUGCUUAGGAACGCUCGUGUUGCGGGAUCCAGGCAAUGCCAUGGCCAAUUUUGUCCUUGCACAGAUUGAUGCCGCUAUUGGCUUAUUCACCUCCCUAAUUCAACAUGGCGCUAGUACUCCCCGAUACAACCGGAACUUGCAGUGGCUCGUGAGGCUUCGCGCACGAGUGUCUUCCAAGAUCUCGAUGGCGUCUCACGCACGAAAGCUCGACUCGCAGCGAGACGCUGAGCUGGACCGGCGAAGAAGUAGUGAGGAGGGAGAGGAUGGUGAGGAUGUAGAGCUGCUCGGCUGGCGGACCAGGCUCAUCGAGCGGGCGGGUCAUGAACGUCAGACUAUCAGAACUAUUCCCCUCGCUACGAUCCCGACCUCUUCUCACACGACACAUAUUUCGAAUCCCCCGCCGAACGACAACUACCUCGGGGGUCCUCAAAGUCGGCAAAGAAUGGCAGAAACGACGAUGCCCAGCGCAAUACGUCCUCUGGUUACUCCCGACUCGACGAACGAUCUUCUACGUGAGUUUUGGGAUCCAAUGCUUCUGCAAGAUAUAUUCGAAGCUCCCCACGACCAGCCAAAUCCAUUUCUGGACAAUGGCACACCCUGGUGGGAAUACGCUGCUCCAGAUGCCACCCAAACAAGGACUUGA